AUGGAGGCGGAAUCGAGGGGACCGGAGUCCAAUCCAAUCCGUCGGGGAGCUGUCAGCGAAGAUGAUCCGGCCAAAUCUCCUCCACGGCCGCCGUCCGACCCAGGGAAGCCCCUUGCUUCGCCAGCGCGUCGGAGCAAGGAGGAAACAUCUGAAUCGGAGUCUGGGUCGGCAAGGCGGAGGAAGAGGAAGAGGGUCACCGAUUCUAGGGAUUCGGCGAGCUCUGGUUCGGACUCAUCUGCCUACAGCUCUCCACUUCGCGAGCCCAAGGCUCCCGUGGUGCCCCUUACAGAUGAAGAUGGUUCCGUGUCCUACUUCUUCACCAGUGACAAGGCUGCCGUGCACAAAUACUACAAUGAUGUGGAGAAAUACGAUGCAAAAAUGGCUCGUCAUGAGCGGUUGUUAACAAGCGGGCGGUCCAGUAUCACUGAGCGCUACACUCUGAAGGACACGGAGGCUGUUAUAACUUAUGCCAAAUCAGUUCUUACCCUUUCGUCCUACCAGGAUGGCAAGGUGAUGAACCUGUGCACAGGAAUCGUCGUUGAGGUAGAUGCAGUUAAGAACUCUGCUGUCAUUCUCACCUCCGCAUGGAUCAUCUGCAGCAAGAAACCUCUAGAUGACUGGAAAAACAAGGAAUAUGAUCCUGAGGCAAAGGUCAAUGUCCAUAUGUUGGAUGGCUCAGUUGUGGAGUGUCGGCUGAUGUACUUCAGCAAGCACUAUGAGAUAGCGUACUUUGAGAUUCCUCAAGCUAGUCAGUUGCAGACAUUGUCAUUGGAAUCUAAUGUGGAGUUUGAUCAGGAUGUAUUUCUAUUGGCUAGAGAUACUGAUUUGAAUCUGAUCUAUAAGCGAGAUAAGGUGCAACUUGUAGAUCCGUGUGAACACCAACACAAUCACUACCAAUUCGUCCACGGCCCAAUCCCUGAGUGUGGAACCGGAGGAGCAUUGCUGGACCUUAGUGGAAAAGUUGUUGGGAUGCUAUUCUACAAACUGCCACUUGUUGCCUUCAUUCCAAGCUCUCUUAUCUUGAAGUGUUCAAUCAUGUGGCAACGUUUUGGGAAACUUGCUCGACCCCAGCUUGGCAUGAAGCUAGGGACAUUGGGAUUUCUAGGCAUUCCCCGUGUUGACUUCAUGUCACGUAAUUUCAAUAUUUCCUCUGGUCUCAUUGUAGGAGAGAUUUCAGCAAAAUGUGAUGCUGAGAAGCUUGGCAUUAGGGCAGGGGAUGUUAUUUUUUCAUGCCAGAAAAAACGUGUUUCAAGUAUUGUUCAGCUGGAAGAUGUGCUGUUGGGUGUUGGUGCGGAACAUCUUGAGAAGAGCAAUGAUCUCAGCUCUAAAGUUGAUGUUGAGAUUGGUGUAUUUCAUGUGCGCAAACGCAAAAAGAGUGACAUUAUUUUAAGAGUAGAGUUGUCAGAUCGUCUUGAAGUUUUUCAUUCAGAUGAUAAAGAUGCCAAGGCAGUAGGAAUCAAGGGAGAGGAAGCACCGGCAUCAGCUGCAGGUGAAGCAAAGCCAUGAAGAAUGUGUAGGUGAACUCUAUCCAUGACUUCCUUGUAGUGAUCAUCAGAUAUUUAGCUAGAGGCUACCUAGGAUUUUUGCUGUAAGCUCGGUAGAAUGUAUCACUGCCCCUGAAGUAAAGAAGUAGAUGUGGUGUAGCUUUUGGAUGAAACUUGCAGGCUAGUGUUAGUUUUUGAUGGUACUAUUCUGGAUUCUGGA